UUGCAAUUGCUUAUUUUCUUAUAGAUCAAAUCCGAGUUUGGUGGUACAGACGUGUGUAUAAAUAACGCUGGUCUGUCCCAAGCUGCACCGUUAUUAUCAGGUAAAACUGAACAGUGGAAAAAUAUGCUUGAUGUAAAUGUUCUUGGCCUAUGCAUGUGUACACGUGAGGCAGUCAAGUCGAUGAGAGAAAGAGGUGUAGAUGACGGACAUGUUAUACAAAUAAAUAGCGGAGUUGGUCAUAAACAGUAUGCUUCAAAUCCAGACGGACAUUUUUACAGUGCCACCAAGUUUGCUGUUACUGCUCUACUGGAUGGAUUAAGGAAUGAAUUGUCACUUUCAAAAACACAUAUUAGAGUGACCAGCAUCAGUCCUGGUUUGACGGAGACAAACUUUGCUCACAGGAUGUAUGUUCAUGACCCUCAGGUAGCAGUGAAGAAAUACAGUGCUUUUGAGAGUUUGAAGCCAGUGGAUAUAGCUGAUGGAGUUAUAUAUGCACUAAGUGCACCUAAACAUGUACAGGUCCAUGAAGUUAAGAUUAACCCAACAGAACAGCCUUGAGAUGGAAUAUGGAGUGUCUAAUUCUAGUAAUGGUGUGUCUUGUAUACAUUAAUAAUUUAAAUCAUUUUCAUACUGUUUAUACAAUCACAAAUUUUUUUUCUUUAUACAUUUAUUAUAUCACCUUUAUAGACUAUAACAAGAUAUAUUGUACAUAUAUAAAUUCAGAAUUAAAUCAUUUUCAUACUGUUUAUACAAUCACAGAAUUGUUUUAUUCUUUAUACAUGUGUUUUAUUACCUUUAUAGACUAUAACAGAUAUAUUUACACGUAUAAAUUCAGUAUUAAAUCAUUGUCAUUCAAUUAAUACAAUCACAGAAUUGUUUUCUUCUAUUUAUUAUAUUACCUUAAAGACUAUAACAUAUAAUUAUUACAUGUAUAAUGUCUGCAAAUGUUAAGAAUUCAUUAAAAACUUUAA